AUGCGGCGGCUCGAAUCGCGGCUCUCGGCCAAUGUCUUCCUGCACGUGCCGUCGUCGUCGGCGAGGAAGUCGAGGCGGACGCUUCUCUUCUUCGUCCCGGGCAAUCCUGGGUUGAUCGGGUAUUAUCAUCCGUUUCUCGCCCUCGUUGCGCGGGGUUUGCGGGGGGUGGAAAGUGAGGGUGGACAGGAGGACAAGAAUGGCACCAGUAGUGAGAGCAGAGCGAAGGCGGUGGUAGCGGGGUUUAGUCUGGGUGGGUUUGAUGUGGACGAGGAGCCUUGUCAAUGUGGGAGCAAGAAGAAGGGGGAGGGGGAGAAGCAGCAGCAGCAGCAAGAGGGCGGUGGUAGUGAUCCUAGUCGUUGUGAUGAAUGGCAAGAUCGCGAGGGAACGGAUGGGAACGAGGACAUGAUAUCUACUCGAAACUCUCGUGCUUCGGUGGUGGAAGACAGGGAACUACUCUAUCCGCCAUCAUUCCCACUUCGAUCUCGCAACAGCAUGCAACAGGAGGACAAGAGCAAAGGAGACGGGAAAGGAAGCUGCACAGCAGCCGAACAAGACCAGAUCUACACGCUCGGCGAACAGAUCGAGCUCACUUACGCCCGGGUGGAAUACCUGGUUCACAGACUGCACGAGCAGGGAAGCACGUCCACGGAUAUCCUGGAGCAAGAGUCCGUCCAGGUCGUCCUCAUGGGCCACAGCGUCGGGGCGUACAUCGCUCUGGAACUCGUGCGGCUGUGGCACGAACGCCAUCACCGGCGUGCGCAGCAGCUCCAGACACCGUCGCACACCACAGCCGGUUCGUACGGGAAGGACGACGACCCGUCGAGAUCGGCCUCGAACUCCCCGGAGACCAGGGACGGAGCCCCUUCGAGGCCCAGCUGGGUGAUAUCAACAUGCAUCCUCCUGACGCCGACGAUCCAAGACAUCCACCUCUCCCCGUCCGGCCGCCUCGCCACUCCUGCUCUGAGCUACCUCCCAUUCCUACCCGGCCUGGCACACAUGCUUCUGCACGCGGUGCUCCUCCGCCUCCUCCCCUCGGCGUGGUUCUCCCUGCUCGUCUCGCGAGCUACGGGGAUGCAAACGUGGAGUCACGGCUUCGAAACCACGAUGGCGUUCUUGCGGAGUAGGAGAGGCGUCAGACAGGCCCUGUGCAUGGCGAGGGGGGAGAUGGCCGAGAUCAGAAGCGAGACGUGGGGACGCGAGGUCUGGGGCGCGAGCCACCACGGCGGCAGCAGCAGCGACGCGAUGACGGCCGCGGAGGAUGGCCGCGGGGCGAGCACGACAAGUCCAAGGUUGUAUUUCUGGUUCGCAAAGAAAGACCACUGGAUCGCCGAUGUCACGAAGGAAGCAAUCUUCGCGAGCAGAGCCACCGGUGUCGGCGUGCAACGGGACUGCCUUGCCAGGCCUCAAACGAAGACGGAGUUCGUAGAGACUGACGAGGUGGAUUUCACGGCCGAGUCGACGACAGGAGCAGCGAGAAUCCAGAUCCUGGAAACGGAAGCUAUGGACCAUGCAUGGUGUUUGAACCAGAGCGAAUUUGUGGCACGACGCGUGAGCAGCUGGCUGAGGGAAGUCUUGGAUACAGACGACAGCCCGCUCUACGACGGGGCGCCCUUCCAGCCAGCAAUCUAGAACUAUCGGUGCUAUUCAGACCAUACAGAAAUAGAACUGUUAGAGCAGCAGAAUUGGAAGCGCAAUAGAUGAUCAUCAAAGCUA